GAAAUUCAAUCCGGGGAUGGUCACCCUCCACCAGCCAAAAAGCCUCGUAAAGAAUAUCGUUGUGACACCUGCGGCAAGACCUUUACCCGCCGCAAUCAUCUAAUUACUCACCAGCGAACCCAUACUGAUGAGAAACCGUACGAAUGCACCCGUUGCGACAAAAGCUUCACCCAAAAAUCGCAUCUCAAUCGUCACCUGAAAGCGCACGACAAACAAGCUGCCGAUCGUACGUUUACUUUCGCAACCUGUGGCGAAACCUUUCACAACCGCGCUCCUUACAACACUCAUAUUCGCACCGCUCAUCAACAACCCGCCGCUGCAACUAGAAAACGACCCGCCGCUAAAAACACAGACGCACCUGCUGCCAAAAAACACAAGAAGUCCGCUGAUCCUGGUACUUCACCAACUACACCGCAAACCUCAGCGCCUGGGUCUAGCUGGCAAGAAGAUCCUGUUCUCAUUUUUUCGAACCUUAUUCCUGCCGCGGAGGAAAAUAUCACCCACACGUACCGUCAACACUGGCCCCAGAUCCGUACCCGAUUUAGUCGCCGUAACCGUUUACAAGACUGGUACAAUUUCCGCCUGUCCACGAUCAUUCCCACCGCUCUCCGCGAACAACUGGACUGCAUUUUUGCUGAUCAGCCUACUGUGUUUAAAGUGAACUUUUCCUUUGGUUUUAUUCUCCGUAAUACAGAGACUGGGGCCCUCCAGUAUCAUCAUCCAUCCGCGAACAACCAUUUGGUGCUAGAACAUCCGUUCCUGAUUUCAAGUCCAGACGAUUUAGAGCGCCUAUAUCAGCAGAUAGCGGAGAUCGAUUACUUGGAGUGGGUUCGACAGCAGAGACCAAAUUCAAAAUGGGUCGUGGAUCUCGUGACGAAUGUUACCUGGUUUGUUUGGAAGAUUCGAGACCACCCGAUCGGCCGUGGCAAAUAUUUACCAGGUUAUAUCGUGGACAACACGGGAAUCACCCCACUCGAUCGCGCUAUCAGAAGAGGCAAGCCUUAUGAAGAUAAUCUGUGUUUUUUCCGCUGUCUGGCUCUCCACAAUGGUUGCCAUACUAAGAACCUAGAGAGAGAUACCAAGCACUAUUACCAACAGUAUCGAGACGCUGGCCUAUCCAAAAAGAAGGUCCAUGGGGUCAAGUUGUCCGAACUAGACGACCUAGAAAAAUUGUAUGAAGUGAAUAUUCAAGUAUACAGUCUCGCGCCUACUCAGAGCCACAGUGAAGACGAAGACAAUGAAGAAAAUACUCCCGGAUUGCCGCCACCCUGCUCCGCCGCUCACAUCGCCACUACUCCAGCACGCUUUACUUGA